AUGGAGCAAGAUCAAGUGUCAAUGACUGUAGAAGGUUACGACGGAGAAGAAGCUAUUAUGGAGGAUGCAGCUGGUUCUGAAACUGACGAGCACUUCGCGCGUUUCACUGGAAUGGUCAAUAUUGGAGAAGAAAGCAGGGAGUAUGAAGGACUGAAGAAGGCUUUCCUUGCUGGCAUGAAAGAACAUGCUAGAGACACACAGGUUAUUGCCAUUUACAAGAACUCUCUUUCUACUUUGCCGAUGAAGGCUAGGUUUGCUACGUUUAAAGCUUUUAAAGACGUCAUUUCGCAUAAGAAUGGAGGCCAAGGAAAUGCAAAUAUUAUGUGUGCCUGGUAUGGUGGGUCAAAAGAGGAAAUUACUCAAAUCGUUUCUCAUGGUUUUGGUCGGUAUAAUGGUCAAUCACAUGGAGUUGGUAUUUAUUUGUCUCCUACUAAUUUUCUCCUUGACGGGUUGGAAGCUUCAAGGGCUGAUGAAAAUGGAAUGAGGCAUAUUUUGCUAUGUAAAGUGAUAAUGGGGAAGAUGGAAGUCAUUCCUGCUGGUUCCAAGCAAAGAUAUCCAAGUUCAGAGGAGUUCGACUCUGGUGUUGACAACCUUGAAGCACCAAGAAGAUUGGUUGUCUGGAGUACUUUCAUGAAUUCUCACACUCUUCCUACUCACAUCCUAAGUUUCAGGGCACCUUCUUCCACCACUUUGCUAAUGAAUCGGAUCGGUGAAAUAAGAAACUUGGGUUUUGUGAGUGUCACCGCUCUACAUCUCACAAUGGUAAAGUUCUUGGGUCCUGCCAAGGGGGCUUUGAUUUCCAGAACCUAUGACGACUUCGUCAAACGUAGGGUUACCGUAGUGCAACUUCUCCAGACUGUGAGGCAGAUCGCUGGAGACGACCAGCUGUUGCUUGAGAUCUUUAAAUCAAGCAUGGACAAGCGUGUGGCAAGAUCAUCAAGGAGAACCUGCACGGCACAGGCAGCAGCUGAGCUAAGAAGGAGAUAA